AUGCAUGCGGAAAACCAACAAAUCCAACAAGAGAGCAAUCAAGCCAUCCAACAACUGUCAGAACAACUGAACCUCAUGGUCCAGUCCCAACCAGGAGCCUACCAGCCGCCCAUCCCACACACGGCCUACUACAUGCCACACCAGGGCGACAUUGCCACGGACCAGACCGGAGCCUUCCCUGUCAAAUCCUCCAAAGGCAACCAAUACCUACUGGUCCUCUAUGCCUACGAUCCAAAUGCCAUAUCAGCGGAACCACUCAAGUCUCGUAAAGGCAGUGAGCUCCUCCGCGCAUUUCAAAACUUGACAGCACGACUUACUGCAAAAGGAUUUCGCCCCAGACUCCAAUGCCUUGACAAUGAAGCCUCCAACAAAAUGAAGAAACACUUGAAACUCCAAGACAUUGAUUUCCAACUGGUACCACCGCACAAUCACCGCAGAAAUGCCGCUGAACGCACGAUCCGUACCUUCAAGAAUCACUUCAUAGCAAUCCUUUGCUCCACGGACACUGACUUUCCAAUGACGCAAUGGGACGAACUCCUACCACAAGCUGAAUUGACCAUCAACCUCCUACGUGCCUCACGAAUCAAUCCCAAAUUAUCUGCUUGGGCCCAACUACAUGGGCACCUCGAUUUCAACCGCACCCCAAUGGCACCGUCAGGAACCAAAGUCAUCGUCUAUGAGACUCCCACCCAACGCAGCACAUGGGCACCACAUGGACUCAAUGGUUUUUACGUUGGACCAGCAAUCGAUCAUUACAGAUGCUACAGAUGCACCACACCUCACGGCACUACGUCAACUCGCCACCAUUUUACCCCCUGCACCACCUCCGAGGGUGCCAACGCGUCCUACCCCUGCCCCACUUCCGAGGGUGGUACCGAGCCCAUCAGUACCUAUACCGCAACCACUGGCACCACCACAGCCAAACAGCACUCCUGCCACACCUCCGAGGGUGCCCAUACGAGCUGCUCCCCAUCUGAAUACACCACCACGCCCCAGAAACAACCAGCCACCUCCAUGAGCCCACCAAUACAAUACACGCAACCGUCCACAUUUGAUCCAACAAGUUUGUGUCCGUACACCAACCUGGACGACGGGCACCCUACGGGCCCUCCUGCACAAUGA